GGACACCUUUUUGAACGGGAAUGCUUGAGUUACAUCUGCCAGUGGUUACAACAUAACUUCAGGACAAGAACUUUGCUACACCAAACCUGUUUGUAAGCGCAAGUAGACGCGUUGUACUAUCACGACGAUAGGCUUUGCUUAGGCAUCUACUUUAGGAUGGCUUCUUUUGAUGGCGGUAUCUUCAUUGACGAUCCCAAGGCGCUGGCUUUGGCCAUGGCUGGACUGCUGUCGGCGCUAGUGGUGUAUACUUUGGCAGUUAUUAAGCCUGCACUUCGUAGGUUCGCAUAACUGGAUUGCGGCAAGCGCAGCUCCCGGCUUAAGACGGCGUGGUUCGUUGGCUUCACGGUGGCUUCCCGCCGUGAAGGAGGGGCUGCCACGUACCUAUCUACCCCCUCCCGCCUGUCUCUCUUGCUUGUGUGUACGGCAGCUCGGUAGAGUGCUGCCCCCGCCCGCCCUGUGGAGCAGCACUGGCGGCGCACCUCGCAGCGCCAGCCUCACUGCGCGCAACAGGAGGCUGCGAGGGCGUGUGUAGGCAGGGGCCAAAGCAUAGGACCCAGGCGCUGUUGCGGGGGUGCUGCGGAGGUGGUACGAACACGUCGCAUUGGGGUUACUGCAGCAGGAGCAUGCGGUCUAAGGGUGGACGCCCGGGAGACAACUGAAUCCCCAAGUGGUGCCAGCAAACCCAUCGUCACGUGUUUCGAGAGGCUGAGAUGUGAGGUCGUGCCGCCCUGGAUGUUGGCGUCCUGGAUGAGCGCUUGGAAGGAGCGCGUGCAUGCGUGGGUCAAAAGGAAUGCAGAGUUGCAGGUGUGUCAAGGAGUGCCAACGUCUGCCGGGUUGAAGGGCAGGUGUAGUGGGGCUAGCAGCGCGGAUUUCUCCGAGUGUGGUCUUGUCGCGUGAAGCCCCAGAGAAAUACUUAUUACGGAAAAUAGCCGCUCUUGCCCUCCUCACGACAUGCAUGCUUUCAACUGGAAAGUACGCCCCCGUGCGCCCGUGGUGCUGUAGCGCCUGAUGCAACUGCGUUCGUUUGGAUGAGGCAGAGGGGAUGUAAGUAACCACUUAAGAGAGCCAAACUGACGGUCCAUCUUUUUGGCAGCACUUAGUAAAGUGGAUGCGCGCCCGGCCGAUAUGCCUUCACGGGGUCAAUGAAGGUGUAAUCUUUUCAACACUCGUGUCAAGGAAAGGAGGAAAGAAGAAAGAAGAAUAAAGAAGAAGAAGGAGGAAGUGUUCGUCGGUUGCACGUGACUGACGAGCUUCCAAGGUCGGGCGCCAUGUAUGGAAGGCCCACGGGUCAGCCGCAUGACGUCCUCACCUGAGACGAUGAGCAGCUUUUUUUGGUGUAGGCGCAUAGUAAGGUAUAUGUAAGACCUGUGGACAGGUUGUUAUAACGCGUCGUUUGUUGCCAGACAGCGUUCACGUACCUCUAGGGCUCAUAUACGUGUCGGGGUCGGAAGGCACAAGCCACGUUAUUAUUCCUUUAUCUUCCUAGUACGGGCAUGUCUAAUCAUAGCCGCGACGUUGUGCUAGACGUUUGCUCGCAUAGCGUGGGGGAACGGCGCUGGGAACUAUCGACAAGUUGCGCUGUGUUGUUGGACAACGUAUCUCGCCACAGCGCCGGCAUCACUUGUGGGUUGCAAAGAGAGUCACGGCGGGGCAGCAGCAGUACCUUGGGCAACGCUUAUACCGGACACAGCGUAACUGGCGAAGGUCUUGAUGGGCUGCAACGCCGUUCUAGUGGCAAGGAGCAGCGAACGUGCGCUCAGGAGCCUGCGGCCCGAGCUCCUAGCAGAGGCCCCAGUGCACAGCGGCAGAUGGUUCGUACCGCCCCAACUCAGCAACAGCCAGCUCAGACGGCUCGCAUCUGGCCGCAGCUGCCCCCCGAGCUAGCGGAGCGCGUCACUAGCUUCCUGCCGCCCAACGAGGUCGCUUGCAACGUGCGGCUGGUCAACAAGGCUACUGCCGCGCUAUUCCGCGGCCCUCCCUACUCCGCCGUGCGCCUGUCGCUGCCCGUGCCGCACCAUGCUUUCAAACGGCACUGGGGCCGCAACGGCGUCUUCCGCUGCAUGACACUGGCCCAGCGGCGACAGCUACUGUCCCUGACGGCGCGCAGCGGCAGCUUGGCUAACCUCAAGUAUGCAGUCAAGGUUGCCGGCUGCCUUCCAGACAGCCAGGUCAUAAACGCCGCUGCGGCUGCAGGCCAAGCGGCCUGCUGCCGAUGGAUACAGCGCCGCUACAUCUGCCUCUUUAAAGACGCGCUGGCAGCUGCAGCUGCUGCGGGGCAGCAGGCGAUGUGCGAGUGGGGCCUGGAAAACGCGUGGCCUUGGCGGUCGGGUGCAGUGUACGAGGCGCUGCGGGGGGGUCACCUAGAGCUGGCGGACUGGUUGCUCAGCAAGCGUAUCCGCAGGGAGAUGGACACGCAGCUGUUUCCCAGCAUCCGUACCGACGAGCCCAUAACCAAUGGCCUGCUGCUGGCAGCCGUGGCGGAGGGCUGCGACCUGCAGACCCUGCAGGAGCGCUACCACACGUGGCCCCUUGAGCAGGAGCAGGCAGCGGGGCAGGUGCAGCACCUCCCGCUGCUCAUGCUGCCGCAACAACAGCAGCAGAUGCUGCUGGAACGGAAUCCCAGGGCGAUCAUCCUGGCCGCCGCUGCAUGCAGCCCCACCCCCGACUGGCAGGCCAAGGUGCUGUGGCUAGAGGGGCUGGGCUACCCACAGACCCCCUUGAUGUGCCGGAGGGUCGCUGCCGCCUGCCUGGACGCGUUGCAGCGACUGACCUGGCUGCGGGCCCGGGGCUGCCCUGUGGACGGGCGGGUGGCGGAGGCGGCGGUGCAGGCGGGCAGGCAGGACGUGCUGGCGGCGCUGCUGGCAGAGGGCAUCAGGCCGGAUGUGGGGUGCGUUGAAGAGGCAGGACACGGCGGCCAUCUGGGCGUGAUAACCCUUCUGCACUCCCAAGGGUUACGCGUGUUCCAAGGCGAUCCGCAGGGCAUGCUGUGCAUCGCGGCGCAAGGCGGGCACCUGCCGCUGGUGGCCUGGCUGGUACAGACGUUCGGCACUGCAGGAGAUGAGGGGGAGGAGGAGCCGGCGGUUAGUCUGAGCACGUGGGUGUUUGACUCGGCAGCGCGUUCGGGCAACUUGGAGCUGCUGC